CACAAAAAUGUGGCAAGGGUGGUGCCCCUCUUGUAACAGGGGAGACACCCGGCCUUUCACUGCUGUUUUCACGGUGGUGCUUUUCAGUUUGACCCCUUUAUGUGGGGCCAGCUCUGCUCCUCCAGAAUCAACUGCCUCCUAGUGAAGAGGAUCUGUGUCUGUCGCCAUGGAGACAGUCAACAAAAGAGAAUCCAAGUCACAUCACUCUGCCUGGAUGGAAGUGAGCUCUCCGGGCUUGGUUUUAAAUUUCCUGAGCUGGACAGAGUGUUGGCAGAUAAGGAGAUGAACACUCGAACAACCCCCCAAUACCUCUCUGUCCCCUGAACCUGCCAAGUCAACCGGACGCCUGACAGAUCCUUACCAUGUUUACGACCGCAGCGGUUCCUCAGACGUUUUCGACCCCGAGCUGGCAGAUUGAAAAGCAGUAUUCAACGAGAGUGCUCGUUGGAAACUGGGUGGAAGAGAGGAGGAAGUUCACCAAAGCCACUGACCGCACCCCACAGUGCAUUUACAGGAAGGAAUAUGUCCCCUUCCCAAGCCACAGACCAGACCAUAUAUCCAGGUGGUACGGGAAAAGGAGAGUGGAGGGUCUCCCAUACAAGCACCUGAUCACCCACCACCAGGAGCCCUCUCAUCGGUACCUGAUCAGCACCUAUGAUGAUCACUACAAUCGACACAAUUAUAACCCCGGUGUGCCCGCCCUGCGUACCUGGAACGGACAGAAAUUGCUGUGGCUGCCAGAGAAGUCUGACUUUCCCCUUCUCGCACCCCCCACAAACUAUGGACUGUUGGAGCAGCUGAGACAAAAGUGGCUUGUGUCCACGACUGGCCCGAGGGAAAGCAUUUAUACUACAUCCUACCCCAGGCUGCCGGUGUGUGCUAUGUCCAGGAGGGAGCAUGCCAUCCCGGUCCCUCCCCCUCGACUGCACCCCACCCCACACUUCUGAGAACGACCACUCCAUUUGUAGUCCGGCCAGAGCCAGCAGGAGACCCACGACCUCACUGGACUUGUCACACAGCAAGCAUCUGCAGAUGUAGCCCAAGAAUUAAUUAUGGACCAUUGUUGGGGUGUGUGUCUUAGAAUCAUGAUUUGUAUUUUGUGGUACCUUCUCUCUAAACUCAUACAUUGUUUUUUUUCCACCCCAUAAUUAAAGCUCCUUUACAAAACUGCAAAACUGCAAAGCCAAGUGUGUACAGAGGCCAAACAGACACUGUAGGAGAAAAACAGAAGUAUUGAGCUCAUUGAGUUUCUGUUCACUGUGACCAAAUAUCUGACAGACAAUACCUUAAGGGAGGAAGGGUUUAUUCUAGCUCACAGUUCCAGAGCUACAGCCAGCCCGUGUGCUUUGGAAGACAUGGUGACAGAAGCUGAAGGCAGCUGGUCCCCUUGCAUCCAGAGUCAGGAGGCGAGAAUCAGGUGGGUUCAAUAGCUCACCUCUUUUUGUCUCAGAAUCCCAGUCCAUGGAAUGGCACCACCUACAGUGAACUCAAUUUAGCUCAUCGCCCACAGGCAUGACCAAGGCUUGUCUCUUAGGUGAGUCUAGAGCUUGCCAAGUUGACAACCAAUAUUCACCACCGCAAUGCUCUUUAAAAAUUUAUCUAUUCGUAUUUGUGCAUGCCUGCAUGUGGAGAUCUGCUGUGGGAUGGUCUGUAUGUCAAGUGUGUUGCUGAUUGAUCAAUUAAUAAAUCACUGAUUGGCCAGUGGCUAGGCAGGAAGUAUAGGCGGGACAAGGAGGAGAAUAAAGCUGGGAAGUGGAAGGCUGAGAGAGACACUGCCAGCCACCACGAUGAGAAACAGCAUGUGAAGAUGCCAGUAAGCCACGAGCCACGUGGCAAGGUAUAGAUUUAUAGAAAUGGAUUAAUUUAAGCUGUAAGAACAGUUAGCAAGAAGCCUGCCACAGCCAUACAGUUUGUAAGCAAUAUAAGUCUCUGUGUUUACUUGGUCGGGUUUGAGCGGCUGUGGGACUGGCAGGUGAGAGAGAUUUGUCCUGACUGUG